AUGAAAAGAGUCCGCGUGUGCUACGGGGUCGACCUUGACGCAGUGGCGGGAUGGCUGGGUUCCUACGGAGGCGAGGAUUCUUCCAGUGAUAUCUCGCGAGGCUUGUACGCCGGCACGCUCGGAACGACGCGUCUGCUCGAGCUGUUUCGAGAAGAAGGCGUCAAGACGACAUGGUUCAUUCCCGGCCACUCCUUGGAGACGUUCCCCGAGGAAUGUGCUCAGAUCCGGGACGACGGGCAUGAAAUUGGUCUGCACGGCUAUUCGCACGAAAACCCUGCCGAUAUGACCAUCGAGCAACAAAGAGAUGUUCUAGACCACACAUACCGAAUCUUCACCAAAUUCCUAGGAAAACCGCCCCGAGGCAGCACCGCUCCGUGGUGGGAGCAGAGCAAGGAAGGGGCGCAGUUGCUACUGGACUACGGCAUCGAAUACGACCACAGCUUCCAACACCACGACUGUCAGCCCUAUUACCUGCGCAUGGGGGACACCUGGACCAAGAUCGACUACACCCAAAAAGCCAAUACCUGGAUGAAGCCAUUGGUCAAAGGCGAGCCGACGGGGGUGGUCGAGAUUCCGGGCUCAUGGUAUCUCGACGACUUGCCGCCCAUGAUGUUUAUCAAGUCCAUGCCCAACUCCAACGGGUGGACUAAGCCGCAAGACCUGGAAUCCAUCUGGAAAGAUAUGUUCACAUACCUGUACGAAAAGUACGACGACUUCAUCUUCCCAAUCACUUGCCAUCCCGACGUUUCAGGACGCCCGCAGGUUUUGCUGAUGCAUCGCCGUCUCAUCCGCUGGCUCCGUGGUCAUUCAGGGGUCGAGUUUGUGACCAUGGAAGCCAUCUGUGAUGAUUUCAAAGCUAACACAAGGCCCGAGGAAGGCGCCCAUAUACCUAGACCGGUUGGCGAGAAGUUGAAGCAAGCCCCAUUAUGGGAAGGAUGCUCAUGA